CGAGCAUGCGCCUAGCGGACAAAAGGCUCUCGUCUGGAUGAUCGGCAGCAGGUUACCCUCUGGAAAUAACAAGUCAGUGUUGCGUUCUCUGUCCAGAUAUUUAAGGAGCGACCAGAUCUGUUCUUUGUAAAACCAAUUUAUCUGUUGUUGAUCCUUGGAGAAGAAGUAUCUUAUCCCAGCUGAAAAUAUGCUUUCUAUCUGAAAUGUUGUAACUCAGUGAAAUCCACCAGAACUGGGGUGCUGAGAACACAACAGCAUUUGUUCACCAGAGAUCAUUUCUUCACAUGCAUUGAUUGUGCAAGGGAUUUGCUACAUCUGACUCAAUGAAUCACCGGAGACUGGUGGCAGAUUGAUAUCACUUCACCUUCAGUGUGGGAAGGGAUUCACUCACUUAGCCCACCUGCAGACAAACCAGUAAGUUCUCAGUGGGGAGUGGCCAUUUACCUGCUCUUAUUGUGAGAGGGUUCUACUCAGCCAUCCAGCCUGAAGAUACAUCAGCAAGUUCACACCAUAGGGAGAUGAUUCAGCAAUUCUGAAUGUGGAAAGCAAUUCAUUCUGUCAUCCAAGCUAAAGGUACAUCAGAAAAUUCAAAUCAGUAAGAAGCCAUUCACCUGCUCCAGGUGAGGAAAAGAUUCACUCAGUCAUCCCACCUGCAGACAGACCAGUGAGUUCACAAUGGAGAGAGACUGUUCAACUGUAUGUGGGAAGAGAGUGACACAUGAGUGAGUUGGGAGAGGCCAUGCCUCUCAGUCAUAUCAACUGAAGGUACAUAAGCGAGUUCACACUGGGGAGAGGCCAUUCACCUGUUCAGACUGUGGUAAGGAAUUCACUCAUUCGUCCAACCUACUGAGGCAUCAUCGAGUUCACAUGGGAGAGAGGCCAUUCACCUGUUCUGUGUGUGAUUCUCUCAGCCAUCCCAGCUACAGACACACCAGUCAGUUUACACUGGAGAGAGGCCGUUCAUCUGCUCAGACUGUGGGAAGGGAUCCACUCAGUCAUCUUGCCUACUGGCAGACCGGUCAGUUGACACUGGAGAGAUGCCAUUCACCUGCUCAGACUGUGGGAAGGGAUUCACUCAGUCAUCCAACCUACAGAGACACCAGUCAGCUCACACUGGGGAGAAACCGUUCAUCUGCUCGUUCUGUGCGAAGGGAUUCACUCGGUCAUCCAACCUACUGAGGCAUCAUCGAGUUCACACGGGAGAGAGGCCGUUCACCUGUUCCGUGUGUGGAAGAGGAUUCACUCGGCCGUCCCAUCUACAGACACACCAGUUGGUUCAUACUGGGGAGAGGCCGUUCACUUGCUCAGACUGUGGAAGGGGAUUCGCUCAGUCAUCUCAACUGAAGGUACAUCAGAGAAUUCACACUGGGGAGAGGCCUUUCAUCUGCUCAUACUGUGGGAAAGGAUUCACUCGGUCAUCUGACCUACUGGCACACCAGCGAGUUCACACUGGAGAGAGGCCAUUCACCUGCUCAGAUUGUGGGAAGGGAUUCACUCAUUCAUCCCAUCUACAAAAACACCAGCGAGUUCACACUGGAGAGAGGCCAUUCACCUGCUCAGACUGUGGGAAGGCAUUCACUUGGUCAUCUCAACUAAAGGAACAUCAGCGAGUUCACACUGGACAGAAGCCGUUCACCUGCUCUGACUGUGGGAAGGGAUUCACUCGGUCAUCUCAAUUGAAGCUACAUCAGCAAAUUCACACUGGGGAGAGGCCAUACACCUGCUCAGAUUGUGGGAAGGGAUUCACUCAUUCAUCCCAUCUACGGAGACACCAGCGAAUUCACACUGGGGAGAGGCCAUUCACCUGCUCAGACUGUGGGAAGGCAUUCACUUGGUCAUCUCAAUUGAAGCUACAUCAGCAAGUUCACACUGGGGAGAGGCCAUUCAGCUGCUCAGACUGUGGGAAGGGUUUCACUCGGUCGUCCCUCCUACAGACACACCAGCGAGUUCACACUGGGGAGAAGCCGUUCACCUGCUCAGAAUGUGGAAAGGGAUUCACUUGGUCAUCCCACCUAUUGGCACACUACCGAGUUCACACAGGUGAAAAAGUUUAAGUUAGCUGCAUGCUGGAUAUUUAACCACUCCAGAACCAAGUUCAAAAAUUACUGUUGCUGUCGAACUCUGCAAUGAUUGUUGCUGAUGUUCAUCUUUAAUGGGACUGGAAUUUAAUAUUCUGGGUUUGUGAUUAAUAAAUCAAUUCUGUUUUAAACUCUAUCUCGGGUACCUAGUGAGUCUACAACACAUCCAGUGUAGGGUAGGAAGUUAACUUAGCCCA